CUUCCGCUUCCUCCCAGCCAGGCGGGUAAUUCGAACGUUUCUGUCUCCGUCGGCCCUCCGGGUUGGCGCGAGCCCUGGCGGCGGAGACCGUGGCGGAGAUCGAGACCAAGGCUAAUAUGUCCGAGAGGCGAACGCGGUCCGGAGGGGCCGCCCAACGCUCCGGGCCCAGGACCCCGUCUUCUACUCAGUCUCCGCGGAGGUCCCAGCGGAAAUCAGGCCCUGAUCUCCCCAGCACCCUCCCUGAAAUCUGGCCCAAGGCAUCCCCUGCGGCUCCUGUCAGAAAGCCCAUCGUUUUGAAGAAGAUCGUCGCCCAUACCGUAAAGACCCCAUCUGUGCACACGCCUCGAAGGAGCCCAAGGAUUGCUUUUUUCUUGGAGAAGGAAAACAACCCUUCUAGCAAGGAGCGUGCUAGGGAGGAGCCCUUCAAGACAAGCAGUGUCCCCAUCACCCCCACCCUUACUCCUGUGCUGUGCCCCCUGAAUGUCGAGUCCAACUCCAGGGAAGACCUGGACGCCAGAGACUUGGAAAUGUCUAAGAAAGUCAGGCGAUCCUACAGCCGGCUGGAGACCCUCGGCUCUGCCUCCACCUCCACCCCAGGCCGCCGGUCUUGCUUUGGCUUCGAGGGCCUGCUGGGGUCAGAAGACUUGGCCAGAGUCUCACCUGUGAGGUGUUCAAAGUUAACCGAAGUCCCCAGGGUCCCUGUGAAGCCCUGGGCCCCAGAUACCACUCUCCCGGGAAUCUCUCCACCUGCUGUGAGAGAGAAACGAAAGAAAAAGAAGGUUCCGGAGAUCCUGAAAUCAGAGCUGGAUGAAUGGGCUGCAGCCAUGAAUGCCGAGUUCGAAGCUGCUGAGCAGUUUGAUCUCCUGGUUGAAUGAGAUGUCGUGGGGGCCGUAUUCUCCCCUCCCUUGUACAUAGCUCCUCCUCCCUGCAGAGAAGACACUUGGGGUCCCCUCCCCUGGUCUUGUUACCUGUGCAUGUGCUGUCACCACACAAAGCCUGUCCUCCUCUGAAAGCUUGUGCAGCGGCGACAGCAUCUCAGGAAACGUACUGCUGUCCCAUGUCUAUUCUGACCCACCGGCCUCUCCUUCCCUCCCAGGGGAGUCCAGCCAGUUUCCACACCAGGGAGUAGAGAUUACUGGCACAGCCAGAGGAGGUGAAAGGCUGGGGUUGCAGGUGAGAGAGGACCUGGGCCGCCGUGGGGGAUUGAGGCUGCUCUGCAUCAGCCGCACCAAGCCUCAGGCAUCCCCCCCACCCUGCAUCGUCUUCUCCUGGGGGUUUGGUUCCCGGCCACGAGCCCAUCUGCGUCAAGAAGCUUGGGCUCCCUCUCAGAUUCUGUAGAUGGUCCAGGAGAGAAUUCUGAGGAAGAAGCUGGACACUGUAGAGUUUUACAUUGUGAAGGAGGGAGGGAAGCUUCGGUUGGGUCUGAGACCAUAGCUCUUACUAUGAAAGCUGUUCUGUAGGUCUGCUCUGCUGCUGAGAUUGUUCAGUUAAAUGCCAGGCUGCUGGGGGCCAGGAGGGUGCGUUUUUCGGUGUGGCCAUUAGGUGCCACAGGAACUGAGGCCCGGGCCUCUGGGGGACGCCUGCACAGGGCCGGGAAGGGGCUGUGGUGGGAGGUGCCCUUAUCGUCGCUUAGCCUAUUUCUUACAAAAUAAAGUGCAGAGUCUACUCCACUGUAGAGGGAAAACAGGGUCAAGCAAUCCGAAUCCUAGUCCCACUAGCGUUUUGCAGCUACACCCAUAAAGUUCUAGGAGGUGCCUUUUCACCUGCCAGAAAGGGACAAGGGUCAGAGGCAGUUUUAGCUUCCUUAGUGUCUGCUCACACGAGAACACUGCCUGGCGAGAUGUUAGGAGCAGAUGGGGCGCGCGAGCGUGGGUGUGUUGUCUCAUUGUUUCUGGGGAGCCCUGCUCCCCUGCUUCUCUUGGUUCAGUGCUGGUAAAGAGCAUGCUCUCAGAGGCUGCCCUCCCACGAUUUCUGCCAUACGUCUUCUGACGUUUACGGGGCCGUGGAGGUAGAGGGGAGAUGCACGCAUGCUGGGUUAGGGUACUCGAUGAUCCGGCGCGGGCCCGGUGGGCACCCGUGAAAGCCCUCAAAAGGCCUGGGAAUCCCGGGCUUCCUGUUCAACACUUCGUGCUUCGUCAGACCCUGCAAGCAAGCCCCCUUGCUCGGACGGGCCCGGACGCUCCAGAGCUCGACAGCUAAAGAAUUCUUGUCCUCACUGGCUGGUGGGGUGGAACACUGGGAAGUGUCUUAGCAGAGUCGAGAGUAGCCAGGUGCUGUGCUGAUGGCAUCGUUGCAAAUUCUCGCUGUCCUUGAAAAACUAAGACUAGAGUUUAAGGGGAAAUUGUGUUGUCGUUUUAAUAAAAAAAAUUUUUUUUGAUUACAAA